AUGGGUUUUUAUUGGGGUUGGGUGGGGGGGGGGUGUUUUUUGUGUGUGGGGUGGGUGGGGGGGUGUUGGGGGUGUGUGGAUUGGGGGGUUGGGUUUGUUGUUUUGGGGUGGUUGGGGUUUGGGUGUUUUUGUGUUAUGUGGGGGUUUUUUUGGUUGGGUGGUUGGGGGGGGGGGGGGGUUUUGUUAAUUUUUUUUUUUGUUUGUGGGUGGGGUGUUUUUUUUUGUUGGUGGGUGGGUGUGGGUUGGUGGGGUGUGGUGUGUGGGGGUUUUGUGGGGUGUUUUGGGGUUGGUUGGGUUUUGGGUUGUGUUGUUGUGGGUGGGGGAGUUUGGGUUGAUGGUUUUGGUGUGGUUGGUUUAUGGGUUGUUGUGGGGGGUGGGGGGUUGGGGGGGGGGGUGUUUUUUUUUGUUGUGUUUUGGGUUUGUUUUGGGGGGGUUGUGUGUUUAUUUUUGGGGGGUGGGGGUUGUGGGGGUUUGGGGGUUGUUGUUUUUUGGGUUGUUGUUUGUUUUUGGGUUUGGGUGUUGUGGUGGUGGUGGGUUGUUUUUGUUUUGGUGGGGUUUUUGGUGGGGUGGGGGGUGGUGGUGGGUUUGGGGGGGUUGUUUUGGGUUGUGUUUGUGGUUUUUGGGGGUUGGUUUUUUGGGUGUGGUGGGGUUAUUUGUUUUGUGUUGGAUUUUUUUUGGUGUUUUUUUUGGGUUUGGUGGUGUGUUGGGUGUUUGUUUUUUGGGGGGGGGGGGGUGUUUUUGUUUGGAUUUUUGGGUUUUGUGUGUUUUUUGGGGGGGGUUUGGUGGUGUGGGGGGGGGGUGGGGGUGGGGGGUGGGUGUGUGGGUUUGUGGGUGGUGGGUAGGGGGGGUGUUGUUUGUGGUGGGGGGUUGGGUUUGGUUGUUUGUGGUAUUGUGUUUGUGGUUUGUUGUUGGGUUGGGUGGGUGGGGUUGUUGGUUGGGUGGUUUUUGUGUGGGGUUGUGGGGGUGUGUUGUUUUUGGGGUAGUGUGGGUGUGGGGUGGUGUGUGGUGGUUUUAUUUUUUGGUGUGUUGGUGGUUGGUUGUGUUGUGUGGUUGGGGGGGUUUUGUUGUGUUGUGGUGGUUUGUUGGGGGGGGGGGUUGGUUGGGGUGUGGUGUUUGUGUGUUUGGUGUGUUGUGGUGGGUGUUGGGGGUGGUGUGGGUGGUUGUUGGUGGGUGGGUAUUGGUUGGUGUUUGGUGUGUUUUGUGGGUGUUUUAGUUUUUGUGUGUUAUGGGUGUUUGUGGUGUUGUGUGGGGUUUGGGUGGGGGUUGUGUUGUGGUUGGGGUUAUUGA